GACGGUUGCACAGGCGAAAAAAGAGCGCGCAAACUUCAAUAGAAAAUCUGCAACCGCCUGUUCUUCCAUCUCAAUCUAUACUUGGAUAUAAGACGAGAUUGAAGCCAAACAAAAGGAGAAGGAACGCUGAUUCGGAAGACUAAUUGGGCUUAACAGCAAAGGAAAUAACCAUUUGAUUGGUAGAUUCCAUACUCAUCACGUGACAUAUACGAUGGCGCCGGUCACAUGGAGAGUAUAUACUACAUGCUUGACGCUGGUCAUGCUGUGUGUACUAGCUACAUACCAUGGUGCUGUGGCAGCUAAGCGGUGUGUAAGGACAUCAGGAGAUACACUAGACGUCGAGGAAUUCCAGUCUGCCUCCCCAUCGACUAUCAAAAAAAUAUUGGAAGCCUAUUUUCAAAACAGGAGAGCCAGUAAACCUACAUACAACAGACCAAUAUACACCUGUGUACCCCAAGGAGAUUCGUGUAGCCCCACUGGUAAGACUCCGUGUUGUGGUCGUAUGGGAUGUUAUAAAUAUAACGGAGAGAAGUGCGCCCGGGGAUCAAGAUGCGUUUGUAGAAACCCACAAUACUCCAUCGAUCCUGGCUUCUAGAAUCCUGCUAGAAAUGGCUGAUUAAAGUGAUUAUAAUGAUUGAAAGUGCUCAGAGCUAGCCUUAUAUCAAUUUAUGUUUAGCUAAUGCUGAUAGAAUGUGUAGGCCUAUACUAUUAUAGUUAUUAACAUGCAUUUUGGUUAUUGGUUAGAUAUUAAUUGCAGAUGAGAUAAUUUGAACGUAAUAUCUGUUAGUUUGCCGACGCUCCACCUUGGCAACCACAUCACAUAAUACAGGAUAUGAGCUAUACUGAACUUAGACUAUACUUUCAUAGACACUGGAAUAUUUACAAUACUUAUUUUGUAUCUGUUACUAGAAUACGGAAGUUGUCAAGCUUAUGUAAACUUCGAGCAGAGAAAAAUUUGUAUAGUUUUCGAAUAGAGUGUGUGCUUGAAGACUAUAAACCAACAACUGUUCCACCAGCGAUAUCAUAGACCAUUAUACAAAAGUAUUUAGAGAGAUAGAGAAUUAUAGGUAGUAGGAUAUCAUUGAACAAUUUAGCAUUUCACUUGUCAAUCGUUUACUCUCAAUAUACAUAUUUCAAUGUUCGUUAUUUUAGUGUAAAUUUUGAGUGUUAUAGACACUGUUAUUGAUAUUUAUAUCACGAUAUACUUUGGACGACGAAAUAACAGUAUAGGAUGGUGCACACAUAUUUUGUAGUGGUAUAGGACCAUUUAUAAUAAUAUAGUCUUGGUUGCAAUACAUAUGAUACACAUUUCAUCGUUGUCCAUACAACGAAGGAUUAACUGUGUAGAUUAAGAGGAACAUUAUUGCCUCCAUCCCUCCAUCACAUCGAUGUAAUAUUAUAUUUUUAAGUAUUCAUUAUGAAUUCAAUAUCCCUUGCAAGCUAGAAAAAAUGGCAUUACUUCACAAACACCAUUUCCCUCUAGUUUCCCUCUUCUCUCUCCCCCCUCUCUCUCUCUCUCUCUCUCUCUCCCCUUUCUCUAUUUCUCCACCCCUCUCUCUCCCUCGAGUCAUAUUUUUCUCUUACACUUGGGCUCCUUUUAAAAACAUCUAUUAGCUGACAAUAUCAAUACAAGUAUACAACCCAUGAAUGUUAAAUAAAUAAAUAACAUUUUAAAUGAUUAAAAAACAUUUAUAUCAUAACUUCUGAUGCCUAAUCUGAUAUACCAUGUCUAUUUGUUAUUGUAAUUUUCUCGAAGUGAUUGACAGGUAGCUAUAAAAAUACAAAAUUAUAUAUAUUGAACAAAUACCAAUUUAAUAUAAUAUUGUAAGAAUUGUCAGAUUUACUAUUUUGGGAUUCGAUAUUUCUAAAGUAGAUAACAUACAAAGAGCAUUUCAUAAUAUAGCUAAAGCAAUCACAAUGGCACUCAUUGUUCUGGAUUUGCAUUACAAUUGUACUUUAUUAUGCGGUUUGCUACCCACGUCCACUGCAAUCUCGUAUUUUUCCUCUGUACAAUGAACAUAUUAUUUUCGUAUUCAUUUGAUGCGAGUAGGAAAUCUUCAUCGUCAUCAUCAUCAUCAAGUGCCGGGUGUGUUACAGAUAUCGGCCGUCAUGGCCCUCCAUUUCUGCCUAUUAUGUGAUAUUAUUAAAAAGCUGGUAUUUCUUAUCUCAUUUUAGUUGCCCAUUUGUGCAGGCUUUGCAAAUAAUAUAGGGCGUUGUCGUCCCCUGCUUCUCUUUCCAUCAAAAUUCCCUGUUAAUAUUUGUUUCUACUUGUAUCUAGAUUAUCCUCUUUGUAUAUGUCACAAGGAAAUUGCAUUUGAAUAUUUCUUAUUGUGUCGAUGAGUGAUGGUUUUACUCUUGCUUGUCUGAACAUUUCCUAAUUUGUUUUCUUUUCUUUCUAUGAUAUAUUCAUAAUCUUUCUCAAGAAUAUAGGUCUCGGCAGCUAAUCUAAUCUAAUCUUCUUUCAAGCACUUUGUUUAUUGUUUAACACUCGUACAAAAGAACCGACUAAGACACGAAUUUGUUUUUCAUAGUAAUGUUCUAAUUUUUAAUUACAGAUCCUAUUAAAUAUUUCUUUGCCAUUGCAAUUCUUUUCUUUAUUUUAUCAAUACUUU